ACCGACAGAUAGUGUGAUGGUAUUAUUUUGUGACAUACUCGCUGUCGCCAAACAUCUAUUUUUAUCGUCAGAUGUUUGACGCUAAAAUUGUUUCAUGGUGUAGUGGUUGUUAGACGUCGAUCACUUGAUGACCAUCCUUUGCCUUGGCACUUGUUUAGUUUAUCCAUCUUCAGGUUCAUCCAUCAGCAUCACCUUGUGGAGAAGCCCACGCUUAACAUCAUCUAGGGGUUGACUCAACUCGUCUUUCGCAUUACGUGAUCACUUAACGUACCAUGACUAAAAUGAUUCAACUACACGCGGAUGACAAUGAAUCCGAGGUCGAGCAAUCCAUCGAACACUUGGCAAACAUUGCACGAAUCUUUCUUCAUUACCCGGUUCCUAUGAAUUUCUCUCCUUGGCACCAAGUUGGAGACCUACGGAAUGGAGCACCGCAGUAUGCUAUGGAUCUUCGACGUGUCCACGGUUCAAGAACAUCCAGCAUCCACUUUGAAUUUCUAUGGUUCAAGCACAUCCUCGACCCCAAACGAAUAGCACGUCGGGACAUUACCACCCACGCCAUCCAUCAUAUGGAGGUGAACAUGAGCGACGACCGACAACUCGUAGGGGCGUCGAUGACCAGUAGCUGUGCACGGCCGAGCACCACGCGAGGUCGAGGCGAAGAUGAGGAUGAAGAAGGACGACAGCAUCGGACCAACAUGCCGACACAGGGCGUGAUGGGAAUCAUGGCCAGGAUUUGGGCAAGCUGAGCGACGGUGCUGGUUAUGGAAUUCGACGAUGAGGUGAGCCAGCGCGAGGGCCAGGGACAAGUAGGGCGCAGGGACACGCGACACCAUGGCGGGCUGGUCGGCCAUGGACAGGAGGAGGCCGGAGUGUGCACGACCGGCGAGGUCUACGACGAAGUCGGAUCAAACAUUUUCACAACAGUGGUGACGUUGAGAUUCGCUGGGAAACGCCGACCACAGCAUAGAGAAGACAAGGCCGAGCUGGAGCUGGGAAGCUGCGCAGAAGAGGAAAAAUGGGCGCGCGGCAAAAGGGUGGGAGCUGGCCAUGAGAGCUCCACGACGGCAAGAGCAGCUCCCAGGGCGCGGCGACUCGUGCACAGGGCGAGCACAUGGGAGCCGGAGACCUGACAGCGGCGUGGAGAGAAGCAGAGAGGGCGCGCGUCAGGGAGAGGGCAGAGGGAGCAGGGGCGCUCGCAGGAAGACGAGCGACUAGCGCGCAGGGGAGAGAAGACAAGGGAGAGAGAGCGACGUGCCGGGGAAGAAGAAACUCGGCUGCUAGAAUGAACAGGAGCAGGGGCGCGGCGCUGGGCAGCAGGGCACCAGACAUGGGGAGCAGGAAAGGCGCCGAGCAGAGGAGUGCGCGGCGAGCUGGAGCGAGAGGAGGGAGUUACGAGGAGAGGGGCGCCAGGGAGCUGCGUGGGCCUGGCGAAAUCCGAGCAGGGAGGGAGCUCCCGCCAUGGAUGGAGCUCGGCGCGCGACGCAAGAGAAGCAGAGGUCGAGCUCGGCGCGGCUGGAGAGGAGAGCAAAGAAGGCACCGGCCAUGGCGAGGGCGAAACUCGGCGCGGCUGGGCUGGGCGCAGUGCUGGAGAUGGCCGAGAAGGAGAAGUCCAAGCGCCAUGGGAGGGAGAGGAGGGAGCUA